AUGUUUCGCAUAAAGAUAGGAAGUUCCGAUGGAAAAGUUUACGAGAUCGAUAUAGAAUUGACCGAUUUUUCUGAGACCCUAUCUAAAAUAUUGCUCGAUUACGAACGGGAUAUUGACGACGUUUGGUCAGUACCGAUUGAAGGGAAUGUUUUGGAGAAGGUAAUCGAAUGGGUGAUCGCCCAUAAGGAUGACCCGGAACCGCGAUGGAAGAGAACUGAAACGAUGUCCGAAUGGGAUGAACAAUUUCUAGAAACUAAUGAAUGGAUGUUAUUUAAACUUGGGUCAGCUGCUUCAUUUUUGGAAGCUGAAGGACUCCUUUCCACUGUCACCCAACAUCUCAUCAAGAAGUUGGAACCUUACUUGGGUGGAAUCAGCGGAAGUGCUAAGCAGGGGAUGGUACUCGAACCGAGGGUGACGGUAGAGGAGACCUGCGAGGGCGGACAGUUAAGCUCCGUCAGGGAAGCUACGUGGAAGUCUUGGCUUGGCAUAACCGUCGGGAUCACCGCGUUUCAUACGACUCCUACCUAA